AUGACGGUCCCAAAUGAGUCGACGCGUCUGCUCAACUCGAAUUACAAGAGUAUGGGCAGUACUACACCAGCGGCGCCGUUUGCAUCGGCAUUGACAAUUUCGUCGCAAAUUGCUGCCGAGCAGGCGGCAGACGGCACCACCACCAAUGGUGACGGAUCAGCAGCGGCGACCUCGGAGGCUUCGUCCAUCCGGCUGCCGCAGGCUAUAGCGCAUCGCGGAUACAAGGCCGCCUUUCCAGAAAACUCUCUGGCGGCUUUCCGCAGCGCCGUGGAGAUUGGCGCCCACGCUAUAGAGACGGACUUGCACCUAUCCAGAGACGGAGUUGUCGUCUUGUCGCAUGAUGCUUCGCUCAAGAGAUGUUUUGGCAUUGACAAAAAAGUCGCCGACUGCGACUGGUCCUAUCUGAGUACUCUGCUCACAUUGCGUGAGCCCAAGCAAUCGCUGCCACGUCUGAUUGAUCUGCUCGAGUACCUCGCAAAACCAGAUGCAGAACACAUGUGGUUAUUACUUGAUGUAAAGACGCAUGAUGAUGCCAACCAAAUCCUGGCCGGCAUCGCAAAAGCCAUAGCCUCUGUGCCCUCGAAACGACCUUGGACUGAUCGCAUCAUGGUCGGCUGCUGGGAUGCCAACUACGUCAGGCUGUCCCUCAAACACCUUUCCGGGUUUCCCUUGGCGUACAUUGGCGCCGACCUGGGCUACGCCAGCGCCCUGCUCCACGCCGUCCCCCACAUGAACUUCAAUCUGCUGCAGACCGUGGUCGCGGGCCCCUGCGGCCGGCGCUUUCUGCUCAAGGCCCGCCGCCACGGCCGUGCCGUCUUUGUCUGGACCGUCAACACCGUCGGCUGGAUGGAGUGGGAUAUUCGCCACGAGCUCGACGGCGUCGUCACGGAUGAUCCCAAGCUGUACCUCGAGGUCUGCGAUCGCUGGAAAGACCAGCCCAAUGGGCAGAGCAGUGGGCCCGUAGAGAGGAAAAAGGUAGAGCAGCGGGCCAAGAGAUAUGCCCUUUGGACUCCACGAAUGAUCUUUGAAAUGUCGUUGCUCACAUUGUUGGUGGUAAUAUUUCUAAUCUUCCUUAGGCUGAGAUAUGGCAUGCCAAAGAAACGAGUAGAGAAGUCUCUUAGUGGUUAG